AUGUCGAUCUCUCUACAAGGUUGGAACUUGACAAAGUUCGUUAAAAGCUCGCCAGCUUUAAUGCGUGCUUUGACACCAGUCGCAAACGCAUUCGCCAACGCUGCAGGACACCGUAAAAUGGGAUUGAGAUACGAUGAUUUGAUUGUCGAAGAAAACCCGGAAAUGCAAAAGGCACUAAAACGUCUUUCCGAUCGUGAAUCAUACGACCGUGCUUUCCGUCUCAGACAAGCAAUCCACCUUUCUGCCUUACAUCGUGAAUUGCCAAAAGAACAAUGGCUAAAAGCAGAGGACGACAAACGCUACGUCACACCAAUUCUAGACGAAGUCAUCAAAGAGAACGUCGAACGGGAAGCUUGGGAUACUGUGAAGGUGAAGAAAGCCGGUAACUAAUCUCACCAAAAUCGACUUUCGACACUAUCUCACCCAUUGUAACACAUAAACGGCUCAACAUCCAUCUUCAAUAAUGAAUGGAAUCAUACGAUGAUUCUUGCGUGUGAAAUGGUAUAGCAUUACAGGUGACGCCGGUAAAGCCGCGUACUUUACAACAAAAUAGAGUCAUGUACAAAGGGUCUCCAAUCGAAUUGGGGUGAUUGAGGUGGAAGGAAGAGAUGGGGAGGGAAAAGGAUGAGAAACAUUGAUGGUAGAGAUCAUUCAGCAGUGCUGCUUUGCAUAGAUGAAGAUCUUGCAAAUUUCGCACGUAAUUGCGCCAAACGAUCAUCAUUUACACUAUAACGAUUCGCACUUGGUGAAGAAUUGAUUGUAGGGCUUUGAGCACCUCUAAAGCCUGCAAUGCCAC